AUGGCCACAGCUCGAGGAAACAGUCGUUGUGUAAAUUAACGGAAACUUUGGAGGCGGCGGCGACUGGAGCUCAGUGUCCGGGUGAGAGCGACGCUUCCCCCGGGAGAGAAGCUCCGUGUCCCCGCUGUUUGUACCAGAGGGCUGUGAAGUGGGUUCUUUCAUCAUCAUGGUUCCACCAUGAACGAGCAGCCUCUGGAUCUCUGGUUCUGUGAGGAGUGUCAGGACCAUUUUCGGGACGAGUGUCCGUCACACGGGCCCCCUCUGUUUGUCCCUGACACGCCCGCCAUCCUUGGGGUGGCCAACAGGGCGGCGCUCACGGUCCCAGGAGGUCUGGAGGUCUUCUCUGAGGGAAGUCAGGUGGAUGUUCGCUGCGUGGAUGCAAUCAUCCCCAAGGGGGCGGUGUUCGGUCCGUAUGAGGGAGAGCUGGUGUCUAAAGACAAAUCAUCCGGCCUCUUCUCCUGGAUAGUUGUUGAUUUAAACAACACGUAUCAGUCCAUCGACGGCAGUGAUGACACCAAAGCAAACUGGAUGAGGUUUGUUCGGACCUCCUCUGAGGAGAGCGACAGGAACCUGACAGUGUUUCAACACUAUCAGAGCAUCUACUUCAGAGUGUGUCGGAGGCUGGUGGCAGGAGACAAGCUUCGGGUUUGGUACAGCGACGAUUAUGUCCAGCGGCUUCACAGUGUUUUGCGGGGAAGCAUCAACUGCAACCUGGACUCAGAAACCAGGAAGCCAGCGGCCCUGCCCAAUGUUCAGAGAGACUUUGGCUGCCUGCAGUCAGCUGUGCAGGGCAAACACUGCCCCAGUAAACAACCCAGUGACGAGUCCGACAGUCAGCCUCCUGCCAAGAGGAAGAAGAUAGACCUCAUCUUCAAAGAUGUGCUAGAAGCUUCUCUAGUGGACCCCAGCAAGUUCAGCUCCCAGUCGUCCCUCCACAGUGAGUGCAAAGUGCAGACGCUCGGGUUGGGCUUGAACUUGACUGAAAGCGGCUCCAACCUCCUGAACCUGAAGGUGGAGGAGAAGGAGGAGGGGAACCAGGAGCCCUCCACCUCCUUCUGCCCCAACUGUGUCAAGCUGAAAAGGAGGAUCCUGGAGCUGGAAGAGGAGCUUUCCCGUCUCAGAGGAGAACAGGCGGGCGUGGUCGGUCCGUUGAUGUCCCAGCAGACCCAUCACGACCAUCAGGCCCCCCCCCACCCUGAGCAGGGACCCAUUGAAGACUUACAAGGGAUGGAGCCCUUGACCCCCACCCAGGUGGUUCUGGAUGAAGACGACCAGGACGUGGACUCGGCUGAUGAGUCGAUUGCUGCAGAUCUUGUGAUUUCUCCAGAGGACUCUUCGAAGCUUUCCUCUGGAGGAGGCCGACGGAUACGUCGUUUCAAGCAGGAGUGGCUAAAAAAGUUCUGGUUCCUUCGCUACUCACCGACCCUGAAUGAGAUGUGGUGUCACGUCUGCCGCCAGUACACUGUCCAGUCGUCCCGAACAUCCGCCUUCAUCAUCGGCUCGAAGCAGUUCAAAAUCCACACAAUUAAGCUCCACAGCCAGAGCAACCUUCACAAGAAGUGUCUGCAGCUCUACAAGCUGCGCAUGCACCCGGAGAAGACAGAGGAGAUGUGCAAGAACAUGCUGCUGCUGUUCAACGCAGCAUACCACUUGGCCCUGGAGGGACGGCCCUUCUCUGACCUUCGUCCUCUGGCAGAGCUGCUGAAGAAAUGUGAGCUCAAGGUGGUGGAUCAGUACAUGAAUGAAGGAGACUGUCAGAUCCUCAUCCACCACAUCUCCCGUGCUUUAAAAGAAGACCUGGCUGAGAAGAUGCGCCUGUCUCCCUUUCUGAGCAUCAUAAUGGAUGCCCAAAAUGAUGACCUUUUCUCAGACAUGGUGGCAGUCUAUGUGCAGUUCAUAACCAAUGAAGGCUCACCCAACACUGAGUUCUUGUCCUUGCAGAGACUGAGCAUGACCAGUGUGGACGGAUAUCUCCAGGCCAUAGAUCGAGCCUUUGGGGUUCUGGGACUCAGGUUUCAGGACUCAAUGGUUGUGGGUCUGGGUGUGGACGGUACUAACAUCUCCUCAGGAAUGAGAGCCAAUUUAUACAUAGCUGUGCAAAAGUCUUUUCCCUGGAUCCUCUGUCUUCCCAUCAUGAUCCAUCGGCCUCAUCUUGAGGUGCUGGAUGCCAUCAGUGGGAAGGAGCUCUCCUGUCUUGAGGACCUGGAAAACAACCUUAAGCAACUUCUCAGUUUCUACCGCUACUCCCCUCGUAUGAUGGCCGAGCUACGGUCAACUGCUCCGACACUGUCAGAAGAGACGGAGUUCCUUGGAGACAUUAGAGCCAUUCGAUGGAUCAUUGGAGAACCAAAUGUCCUUAAUGCACUCAUCAAAGAUUACUUGGAGGUAGUUGCCCAUCUGAAGGAGAUCAGCAGCCAGACCCAGAGAGCUGAUGCUGCAGCCAUCGCUCUCACUCUCCUCCAGUUCCUUAUGGACUAUCAAUCAGUAAAGCUAAUCUACUUCCUCCUGGACAUCAUAGCGGUUCUUUCACGGUUAGCCUUCACUUUCCAGGGAGAGUACCUUCUGGUGUCACGGGUGGAAGCCAAAGUUGAGGAGGCCAUUCAGGAGAUAGGCCAGUUGGUGGACUGCCCUGGAGAGUAUCUACAGGAGUUCGAGGAAAACUUUCGUGAAAGUUUCAACGGCGUUGCUCUGAAGAAUCUGCGCGUUGCUGAGUCCAAGUUUCAAUCAAUCAGAGAAAAGAUUUGCAACAAGAGUCAGGGCAUCCUCUCCCAGAGGCUGGAUCUGCAAAGCCGCUCAUUUGCCAAAGCCUGCAAGGUCCUGGACCUGUCCACUUGGCCUCACAGCCGGGAGGACCUUCAAGUCUACGGGGAGGAGGAAAUCCAGCUGAUAUUCAAACAUCUGGAGUCCAUUCCUUCUGCAGGUCAAGAGAGCUCCCAAGCCAGGACAGAGUUCAGAGGCUGCCUGGUGGUGGAAUGGAAGGAUCUGAAAGCAGACUACUACAGCAUGAAUGGCUUCAAAGAAGUCAUCAGUCACAUCUGCAGGUACAAGCAGCGUUUUCCUCUGCUGAACCGGAUUGUGCAGGUUGUCAGGGUGCUACCCAGUUCCACAGCCUGCUGCGAUAAAGGACGAGGGUCUCUACAGAAAAUGUGCAAGAACAACCGUUCCCGGCUAACCCUGGAGCAGAUGAACGACCUGCUGACCGUGGCAGUUAACGGGCCAUCCAUCAGCAGCUUCGAUGGGAAGAGAGCAUUGGACAGCUGGUUCGAGGAAAAGUCUGGUAACAGUUACUCUCUGUCAACGGAGGUGUUGAACAGGAUGUCGACUGCUGAUCAGAAGUCUGUUUUGCAUAGUGUUGAUGUCAACACAGAGUUUUACCCAGACAUCUAACAGGCACACCCGGGGUUGUUAGCAUGAUGACAAAAAUACAACUACAACUCACAACACUAAUACGAAGAAGUCAAUAGGAUACAAGUUAAUUUGAAGCCGAUCUUUAGUAUAGUAUAGGAAUUGAUCUGAUGAGGAAUUAUCCUCCGCGGAAAAAUCUGAAACUUUGUCUUUGGUUCCCUGUUCACUGUUUUGUCUUUUAUCACAAGUCGAAAGUUUAUCCACAUAAAACGCAAGAUGUUUUAAGUCCAGAUGAGAUUUUGGCUAAUCUCUAGUCAUAGCUAUAUAAAGUAGAUGAAUUAAAAAGUCACUAGUCGAUACAUUUCAGUCCAUGUGUUCCAUCUCCUUUUCUCUCCACGUUGACUGUUCACCUGCGGGCAACUGAAGUUCCCUUUAAACCUGAUUGGUCGAACUGGAAACAGAAACCAGCCCCAAGAUCUGGUCCCUGGAUACAGAUUCUGCUUCACCUGUCAAGAAAAAAAGAAAUAACCGCCUGUGGUUGUACGCCUCCGCCAAACUACAGAUCCGGUCUACAUACAAUUUUUUCCCAGAUUGUUAUUAGGUCACUUUGACCUUCGACCUCUGAAAUCGAAUCAGUUGAUCUUUUAGUUCAAGUGACAACUGGUCAAAAUAUUAUGUUCACAAGAAUGAGAGGGACGAUAACCUGAAAACAAAAUUCUUUCUGCCACUGGGUGUCGCCGGUGAGAAGAAGUGUUGCUUUGACAUGUCUGUGCCUGACAUCCUUCACUGAUGAGUCAGACCCACACGAGUGAAAUCCUUGAGUCACUCAGUUCGACGUGAGGAACAAUCAAAGUAAAUGUUCAGUUCAGAGUGUCGGGCUGAGAACAGGCUUUAUAUUUCUAUUAGGAAUACACAGCCCUGCUUCACCCUGUACCGACUAUAAACUGUAUAUGCUUUCAGCUGUUUUUUAAACAGACUAUUUUUCUCUUGAAUUGAUGAUUGUUCCAUUUUGACUGAAUGCAAGAACUGAAGAAAAAGGUGCUAACCUGCUCCGCCAUAAUCUCAAUUACUGUAUUUGUUUAGCACUGCAGCAAAUAUGUUGUUCACUGGCGCAUCUUCUUUGUUUGACCAAAGCUCAGUUUUCAAAUGUUUCAUAAAACUGCAUGAAGAUGUUCAAGUGUUGCUUUUAGCACUGACGUUGUAUAUAGCUAUAAUUAAAGCUAGGGUUGUUAAUCCUGGAAGGUUUUGCAAGAGCAGGCUACACUUUAAACUCAUUUACACCAGAAUUCCUGGCUGUGAACGUUUGUCUGUUUGUUUUUCUCCCUUCUCAUUGCCAGUAGAGGAAUAUGGUGUCAGGUUUCCGUCACUGAAGAGGACUUUUCUGUGAGUUGCUAACGUCUGACUCUCGUCUCUGUGUUUUGUCCAUCUGAAGUCUCAUGUGCAGAGAGACGAUAGACAGACAGGUCAGUUAGUGACAGACAGACAGGUACACCAGACAAUCAUUUCUUUGAUUGGUCGUUUUGUUUUGUCUUGUGAGACACUUGAGGCUUUAUUGCAUUUUUUUCCCAGACGACUUUAUUUUUGAUGCUUUUAGGAUGUGAAGGGGAUUUAAACAAAUUGUAUAAUGUAUUUCAGAAACAAAUUUACAACACCACAUUUAACGUAUCGGUCGUCAAUAAUCCAUGAGGUUCUAAUUAGAGGCAGUCGACCGUUACUGCACUGAGCAGUGACAAGUGUAUUUAAAGGAGAAGUUUGUUUUUUUCAACCUGGUCCUUAU